AUGGCGCAGACUAACGUGUUGGGAGGACUGGACCGAGCCAUUCCUCUAGGAGUGGAUACAGUGUCUAAACAUAUGUACAUUGGGGAGUACACCCUAGGUCGUAUAUAUCGUUCAAAUUAUGACGGUUCCAGUAAAAAACUGAUCAUGAAAGACGUCGAGAAUGUGGAAGGAGUAGCCAUCGAUUGGAUCGGUCGUAAGUUGUAUUGGACGACUUAUAAAUCCGAGACGAUUGAAGUCGCGACGCUUGAUGGGAAGUACAGAAAGGUUUUGAUAUACGCAGGUCUGGAGUACCCACGGGGUAUGGCAGUUGAUCCUAUUGCGGGGUAUGUUGUUUGAGUUGUCUGUGCUAGUGUAGGUAGUGCCAAUAAUAUUUACAAGCUUUUGUUGGCGGGGAUGCAACUACUUGAAAAUAAUAAAGAGAAUUUCGACGUUUGGGGCGAAGACCCUUCCUCGAAACUCCAGACGAAGAGCCUUUGCUCGAAACGUCGAAAUUUCCUUAUAUUUUUCAGGAAGUUGCAUCCCUACCAACGAAAGCUUGUUAACAUGUAUUUUGAGGUAGUUUGGUGAAUCAAACCUCAAACAAGCACGUCUCUCUAAUAAGCUCCACCCCCGCCACUGUAGUAAGUUCUCGAUUCGCAAGUUGUAUUGUUUUGUUCGGAAAUGGAGAAAAGCCAUACGCAAAUUGCGAUUUGCGACCACAUAAUUCUAGCACUGACAUACUUAAUUUCUUUACUCUGUCUAACCCUGGUCUAACCCUGGAUGCUUUUGCUCGUCAAGGGAAGAGUCUUGCGCAUGGAUGUGUUAACCAAACUAUCUGCCAGUGUGUUUUGUUAAACCACUAAGCUGCAAUGCACCAAAUGCGCCCUGCGUUAUUAGUUUACUCAUCAAAGGACGAGUCUUAAUUGCAUCUCAUUGAGUUUACCAAACGAUAUGCCAAUGUGUGUUGUUGAAGCUGUAAUGAACCAAAAUUUGCCCUUCUUUACUUUUUACACUGCCUAGCACCAGACGUGUCAAGAGGAGAGUCUUGUGACCUAAUGACUUAAUCUCCGUACAAUACAGUACAACAUAAUACAUGUAUUUUUCUUACUAGCUAUCUCUUCUGGUCAGACUGGGGUGCUGCAGCAGCUAUCGAACGAUGCUCCUUAGACGGCACUAACCGCGUAUCAUUGGUCAAAGAUAAGAUCACCUGGCCUCAGGGAGUUACCCUUGACACCAAUCAAGAGCUAGUUUACUGGAUUGACGCCCACCAUGAUACCAUCAGCUCUGUGGAUUACAGUGGUAACAAAAGGAAGCUGAUUUUUGAAGACGCCUCUCUUGCUUUGUCAAAGUUUCAUGGGUUUGAUUUAGACAUUACUGGAAAUUUCGUAUAUUUUACGGACUGGCUGGCUAACGCUAUAUACGAAGUGAAACUAAGCUCUGGCGUUAUAGUUCGGACUAUUUCUGUACCAACGACUAAUGUUAUUAAAGGAGCUAUGGGACUUCGAGUAGUUGACAGUUCAAAACAACAAGCCG